AUGUCGGCUUCUCUGCCCGGCAGCCGAGAGCUGCCCGCCUCGCAGUACGACCUCAACACAUACUGGGGACGAGUCCAGCACACGGCAGGCAUCACCGAUCCCAGGACUCUACUGGUUGGCAGCGCAGGGCUGGAGCAGGCCAAGAGGGCCAUCAUUUCCUACAAGCAGGGCGAGGUCAAGGAGAUGACGCCAGAGCUGUGGCAGGCCAAGAAGAUUGUCGACUCGACGCUGCACCCAGAUACGGGCGAGCCGGUGCUACUGCCGUUCCGCAUGUCCUGCUUUGUUCUGACGAAUCUGGUGGUGACGGCUGGCAUGUUGACGCCAGGUCUCGGGACCACGGGCACGGUGCUGUGGCAGAUUGCCAACCAGUCGGUCAACGUGGCCGUCAACAGCUCCAACGCCAACAAAUCGUCGCCCCUGACGUACGGCAAGCUGGCCCAGUCGUACUGCCUGGCCGUCGGCGCCUCGUGCUCCGUCGCCGUCGGGCUCAACAGCCUGGUGCCGCGCCUGCGCCACCUCGCCCCGUCCACCCGCCUGGUGCUGGGCCGCCUGGUGCCUUUUGCUGCUGUUGCCAGCGCCGGCGCCCUCAACGUCUUUCUGAUGCGCGGCGAGGAGAUGCGCACUGGCAUCGACGUGUAUCCGGUUGGCGAGGAUGGGGUCGCAGCAGCGGCCGAGUCGCUCGGUCGCAGCAAAAAGGCCGCCGUCCUGGCCGUCGGCGAGACCGCCCUCUCGCGCGUGCUCAACAGCUCGCCCGUCAUGGUGAUUCCGGCGCUGCUGCUCGUGCGGCUGCAGCGGGCCGCCUGGCUGCAGCAGCGGCCGCGUCUGACGCUGCCCGUCAACCUCGGCCUCAUCACGGCCACCAGCUUCGCCGUCCUGCCACUGGCUUUGGCCGCGUUUCCGCAGCGCCAGAAGAUCGCGGCUGACUCGCUGGAGCCGCAGUUCCACGGCCGCGGCGGUGCCGGCGGCCUGGUCGAGUUCAACCGGGGCAUCUAG